AUGACCCUCCGCCGACUCAGGAAGCUGCAGCAAAAAGAGGAGGCGGCGGCCGCCCCGGACCCCACCUCCCGGGCUCCCGAUUCGGAAGUCGCUCCCUCCGCUCCGGCCCCGACCCCGGCCUCGGGCUCCCCCGCUGCAGCCGCCACCCCUGGGCCCCCAGGGGACGAGCUGUACGCGGCGCUGGAAGACUAUCACCCUGCCGAGCUGUAUCGCGCGCUUGCCGUGUCCGGGGGCACCCUGCCCCGCCGAAAGGGCUCAGGAUUCCGCUGUAAGAAUCUCAGCCAGAGUCCUGAACAGCAGCGGAAAGUGCUGACUUUGGAGAAGGAGGAUAACCAGACCUUUGGCUUUGAGAUCCAGACUUAUGGCCUUCACCACCGGGAGGAGCAGCGUGUGGAGAUGGUGACCUUUGUCUGCCGAGUUCACGAAUCCAGCCCUGCCCAACUGGCCGGGCUCACACCAGGGGAUACCAUCGCCAGUGUCAACGGCUUGAAUGUGGAAGGCAUCCGGCAUCGAGAGAUUGUUGACAUCAUUAAGGCAUCUGGCAACAUUCUCAGACUGGAAACUCUGUAUGGGACAUCAAUUCGGAAGGCAGAACUGGAGGCUCGUCUGCAGUACCUGAAGCAAACCCUUUAUGAGAAGUGGGGCGAGUACAGGUCCCUGAUGGUGCAGGAGCAGAGGCUGGUGCAUGGCCUCGUGGUGAAAGACCCGAGCAUCUACGACACGCUGGAGUCGGUGCGCUCCUGCCUCUACGGUGCCGGCCUGCUCCCGGGCUCGCUGCCCUUCGGGCCUCUGCUGGCCGCGCCCGGGGGUCCCCGCGGAGGCGUCCGCGCCGACGACGCCGUCUACCACACGUGCUUCUUCCGGGGCGCCGAGCCGCCCGCGGGCGCGCUGUGGACUGAGGCCCGCGAGCAGGCCCUGUGCGGCCCGGGCCUGCGCAAAACCAAGUACCGCAGCUUCCGCCGGCGGCUGCUCAAGUUCAUCCCCGGACUCAACCGCUCCCUGGAGGAGGAGGAGAGCCAGCUGUAGGGGCGGGGCGGGCCGGGACGUAUUUAUUUAUUUAUUCCUAACAGCCAGUGCAAAAAGGGGGGCGGUGCCGGGCCGAUGGGACCCCAGGAGCCCAGAGCAGCGGGAGAGGGGCUUUGCUAGCUAGCCCCCGCCAGCCUGGUCGGCCGGGCCAGUGGGGAGCCCAGACCCUUCUCUCCUCCUCUCCUACACCACAGUGGGGGCAGGGGGAGAACCAGGCAAUCGGUGUUGGGAAAGGUUUGGGGGCUAAAGAUGGGGCGUGCUAUCCUACAGUCUGGGUCAGUAGUGCCUUGUGGGUGUACAGGAAAACUCCCCACUGGGGGGUGAGAGACCCUGUCCCACGAAGCCCUCUCCUCAGCUUUACUUGCUCCCCCAGCCUCAGCCUUGGGGAGAAAUGGCCCAUGGUCGUUCCCCCACCUACACACACACACUUCCAGUGAAACACACACACACACACACACACACACACACACACACACACACUCUUCCAGUGAACCAGUGGGCCCUCAAGGGGGCAUAAGGUGCUGGUCCCCCUCCCUCUGGCCUUGACCCCUAAGGGCUUGGCCCCUCCAAGGGGCCUGUAACAAGCGGGGUCCUGCAGGGCAGGGGUCCUGGGUUCUGUGCCCCUUGGGGGACAAGAACAGGCAUGUUCAGGGGGGGUGGGGGCAGCACAGACUGCUCCACCGUUUUGCAUAGUGUUGCUUCUGAACCACAAGCUGUAUAAAGUUGAGGUUUUUUGCAUC